AUGCCUGAGUCGAACACGACCCCGGACCAGGUCUCCAUUGACGACCUGACCCCCGAGGAGGCCAACCGUAUCAUCCACUCUCAUCGCAAAGUCCGCUAUGGCACAGCAUGCUGGCCUUGCCGCCAGCGCAAGGUGAAAUGCGAUAACAAGCAACCAUGCGAGAACUGCGUCAAGCGCGAGCAUCCACAACUGUGCUCCUACAAACCUAACCGUACCGCCUCUCACGGAACCAAACCCGCCGCCUCCGUCACCACCGAGACGGGCAGCAACGCGGGCGGAAACACCACCACCACCGUAGCCAACAAUCGCAAAAGGCCUCACUCGCCCGAGGGCCCCGCUGCCGACGUCGCCGCCGGCGCUCCUCCAGCCAAGGUGGAGGCCGGAGCCGCGACCUGGCCUCGUACGGCCAUUGGUAAGUCCUCUGCCUCAGCCUCAGCCUCAGCACCGUCUGCAUUAAACCCUGGUGGCUUGGGACCUGCGCCGUCGUUCUCCUUCUUGGGCAGCGGUUCGUAUACUAAUCCAGCGCCCCGCGCGGGCGGAGCAGUCGCGGCAAGCGUGGACGAGACCGAAGCCCCCGAGGCCGUCACGCGCUACCUUGGCCAAAACAGUAUCCCGUCUCUUCUGCGAGAGCAGUCGGCUGCUAAUGAGCUGCAGGAGGGCGUCGACAUCCGUCAGGACAUGAGAUCUAUUCUGGGCCUCGACACGUCGGCGCCCUUCCCGCUCAUGUCUUCAAAACACCUCGACAGCCUAACGCGAGAGAUCUCGGCCGAGCUGCCGUCGGAUCGAGAGGUGAUGAAGCUAUUCCGCACAUACAAGGAAACACCACAGCAGUUCUGGGGCUUCGUCGUCGACAUUGACGACCUCGAGUCUAAGCUCAUGGUUUACCUAGAAGACAGGGCACGUAACGCGAGCAACGCAACGAGAACGCCCAAGCCGGUAUCGGCAUCAUGGCUGGCCAUACUCUUUGCGCUCCUCGCCGUGGGUUCGCAGUACCACGACUCCCCUUAUCACAUCCGCACACGAGACUCGCAAAAAUACAUACAAAUUUCGUUCCACUUCCUGAGGCUAGGGAAUUUCCUGCUACGACCCACAUUCGACUCCAUUCAAGCUCUACUACUAACCAGUUUUGUUCUUCUCAAUGACAUGAAGGCAGAGGCGUCGUGGGCUCUGCUGGGUCUGACAUGUCGUCUUGCACAGUCCCUUGGCCUUCACCGGCCAAAUCCCUCAGAUGGAAGAGAUAGCGCUCGUAAUGAUGGACAGUCAAAGGAGAUGAUCCGCCGCAAACUGUGGUGGACGUGCGUAUGGCACGAUACCCUCACAUCACUGUCCUUUGACCGCCCGCCGAUGACAAACAUCCCCUGCUGCCCCAUCCCAACGGUCCAGCACACGAUGGCCGGCGAAUACGGCUACCUCGACACAAUGUACCACCUCUGCGAGAUCAUCUCUCGCCGCCUUAAUCCCGAUGUCGCCACCGCCGUGUCUUACGAGCAAAUGGUCGAAAACUGCGAAGCCGUGGAGAACCUCCGCAACAUGGUCGCCCCGAACAUCCGCAAGAAGGAGCAGUGCAAGACGGCCAUCGAUCGCCUCCAGCACUACGCCGUCCGCCUUCACACCUCCUUCGUCAUCUCCGUCUGCUGCAGACCGGCACUGCGACGGGACUGCACCAAGCUCACGCCCGAGCAGAAGCGCCACCUGUCCGACAAGUGCCAACAUAACCUUGCCGAGACGGUGCGCAUGUUUCUCGCCAUGCACCAGCUCUCCGUCAUCCCCACCCGCAGCUGGGCCUUCACCUACCACGGCCUCUCGUCGGCGCUCCUCCUCGGCAUCCUCGGCGAGACCAAGAACAGUCCCGAGGUACGGCAGCUCCAGGGCGACCUCAUCGCGGCGCUGUCUGCGACGGCCGCGAAGGAGGCCACCUCGCCGGCGGAGCACAUCCCCAAGACGGACAAGGACAUUGAGUUGUCUGGCCCGUUGUGGAGGGCUCUGACUGCACUGCGGAAUAUCUACGAGCACGGCACGAUCAUGGGCACGUCGCAGAAGAAGGACUCGGACUCGAGCGGGACGGGAAGCGGAGCCAGGACGCCGCUGCCGCCGAUGCUCAUGGGUCCGAUGGGGGCAAACGGCAACGGCAACGGCGGUGUCAACAAGGCUUUCGGCAUGGAUCCCCACCAGGACGCCGCUCUGGCCAUGGCGGAGAUGCAGAAUGGCACUACCAUGGCGGAGUACAACCCCAAGUAUGCUGCCCUUUUUUGUCUUGAUGAGAUAAAUGCUAACAGGCUUAGCAGCAUGACAUACCCUCCCGUUAUGGAGGGUCUUCCCAACAUGGACCCGUCGACGUACAUGUCGCCGAUGGACCUGUACGAAUCGAUUUGGUGGGAAUCACCCGACCCUUGGAACUCGGGCGUCGACACCAUGAACUUUGAUUUUGUAGCCCAACCACCACCGGGCCAACCUCAACAACAAUUCUACUUUUAA